GCACAUGCUUCUGCUACAAUCAGUGCAGACUGGAGAAUGGAAACAUGGCUGCUCAAAGACCAAGGAAGAAUUACAGUGUCCAUCUCAGGACUGUUGAUUGCCGUUACCCUCAAAGUAUCACGGGACAGCACAGGCCACUUGUCCAUAUUGCUACACAACUGCCAGCUGAGCAUUAGUAGAGUAAAAGUCAAGUUAAAUGGAGGAUCUAGCUGGAUAGCCAGCUUCCUGUCUGGUUAUCUCGAGAAGCCCAUUCAAAACAAAUUGGAUGAAAAUCUAUGCCUAAAUAUCAAAUACAAAAUACAAAUGAUUGAUGCACAGCUUAGAAAACAUAAGGUCUUAAGCCAGAUAGAUGCCUUUGCACAAAUAGACUAUUCCCUAGUUAGUUCUCCAGCAGUCUUCGAAUCACACAUUAACUUGGAUUUGAAGGGCGCAGUUUAUCCAGUAGGAAAUCACACAGACCCUCCCUUUGUGCCAGCUCCAUUUGGUCUCUCAAACCAUGGUGAUUUCAUGCUCUACGUGGGAGUCUCCAGUUAUUUUCUUAAGUCUGCUUCACUGGCUUACUACAGAGCAGGGGCCUUUAACAUCACCAUUUCCAAAGAGCUUGCUGGUACAUUUAACCUGAAUACAGCCGUACUUAAAGAUUUUGUUCCUGAGAUCGCUCUGCAUUAUGUAACGGUGUGCCCAGUGCUUCUGAAACUGAUGGCUACAUCACCACCUGUGGUCAGUUUGCAGGCAGACAGAUGCAGCCUACAGAUCACUGGCUGUGUAGAAGUGCUUGCUGUUCUGCCAAAUUCGACUUCCCAGCACAUCUUCACAGGGAAUCUAACAGCAAGUACCAGAGCUGAUUUGACAAUAACCAAACAGAAGCUGAUAAUCUCAUUACUUCUGAACAGGCUCCAGUUCUCCCUGUUGAACACUACUGCUGGCUUCUCUGAGGUCUCACUGGUAAAGAAUUUUCUGUCUUACGCUUUACGGAAUGUAGUGAUCCCAGUAAUCAAUGAUAAACUAGGAAAAGGAUUUCCUAUUCCUAACUUCGCCCACACUACCCUGAUUGGACCUGUAAUAAAAAUGAAUCAGGGUCAUCUGUUGAUUUUCACUGAUGUUCACUACAAACGCAAGGAAGGGGAAGAUGAGGACCUUCACAGUCAAUACUAAUGUCCCUUUACUUUCAAAAAACAAUAGAGAAAAAUGAAGUCUUCCUUCUGUUGGCUUGUAUGGAGUAGUUGCUAUAAGAUUAGAAGCAUGGUUCUUGGUCACUAUUUUUGAUGUUUUGUCACUUUUCAUGAACUGAAUCUGUUGGUUUUAGUAUAGCAGGUAUAGCUGACUGUUAUUGAUAUUUUAGAAAACUUGUUGCAGUAUGAUGGAAAGGAGUGACUGGUUCUUUUUACUAGUGUUAUAAACACCUACAUUUAUUUAUUUAAGAUACCAGUUGUUGCAUUGUUCAACUUAUCUCCAUUAGUGUUAGCCAAACUUAUAUAGAGCAAGACCUUAUUCUUUGGAAUAUUUUUGCUGUGUGUCCCUUUGUAACUGUAGUCCAUGAGUGGGAACAGAUUAUGAAAUCCAGUGAAUUAUCACAGAACUACAGAAUCAUAAUUUAUGUUAGAAGUAACCUCCAGAUCUAGUCCAGACACCAGCUAAGAACAGGACUAGUUAGAUCCAGUUGCUCGGGGCUAUUUCCAGGUGAGUCUUGAAUACCUCCAAGGACAGAGAUUCCACAACCUGUCUGGGCAACCUGCUUUGCUAUUUAACCCACCUCAGAGUAAUUUUUUUCCUGAUAUCUAAUCAGAAUUUCCCAUGUUCCAGCUUGUGUUCAUUGCCUUUUGUCCCAUCACCAUGCACUUUCAAGAAGAGUCUGGCUCCGUCUUCUCUGUAUCCUCACAUCAGGAAGUUGUAGACAACAAAAAGGUCUUGCAGGUCUCUCCCCAAGCUGAACAGACUUGAUUUUUCAAGCUCUCCUAGUAGGUCAUGUUCUCCAGCCCCCUAACCAUUUUCAUGACACCUGCUGGACUUGAUCUAGGACGUCAAUAUCCUUCUUGUACUGGGGAGCCAAACUGAACACAGUACUUCAAACACAGUCUUGCAAGUGCCAAAUAGAGAGUAAAGAUCACUUACCUGGACCUGCAGCUUUAUGUUCAACUUGUUGUCCACUAAGACUCCCAGAUCCUUUUCUGCAGAGCUGCUUUCUAAACAGCCCCAAGCCUGUACAGAUGCAGGGGAUUACUCCCUUUACUCCCUCCCAUAUGCAAGACUUCAUGCUUGCAUUGUUGAACUUUAUGUGGUUCCUGACAGCCUACUUCUACAGCUUGUCCAGGUUCCUCUGAUUUGCAGCCCUGCUCCCCAGCAUAUUGACUGCUCCCCCCAGUUUGGUGUUGAGCACAAAUUUCCCAAGAGUACACUCUCUCCCCUCAUCUGGGUCAUCAGUGAAGGCAUUGGUCGCAGUACUGAUUCCUGUGGGACAUCCAGUGGUCACCAGUCAGUAUUUGGAUUUUGCUGAUCACAACUCUUUGAUUCUGGCAGUGCAGACUAUUUUCCACCUACCUUCUCUAGCCUGUAUGUCACCAAUUUGGUGAUUAGACCAAUUGAGACUGUUUGAAAGGCCUUAAAGAAAUCAAGGUAGACAACAUCCACUGCCCUCCUCUCAUCCACAGAACCACUCUGCUCAUCACAGAAAGUAGU